ACCUCGCACUUGCCUCCCCUACGUUCCUUCCUCUCUUUUCUUCACUUUUUUUUUCUUUUAUAAAUAAUGGUGAUCAAUGCCCCAGAAGAUUCAACCUUUUAUCAUCCAUCUAGUUUCUCUCCCAACAUUCUCAUCUGGGUCUUCCCAAUUUCAUGAUUUCAUCUUUCUCCCUCUCAGAAUUUGGCCUCACUCCGUAGUCUCUCUUUUCCCUUUUUUCGCCGUUCAGCAUUGAUCAUUUGAUUAAAUAUUGCAUUCGAUUGAAUAUCAGUGUUUUCAGUUGAUAAGGUUAUUGAUUCAGUUCAUCAUUUGGAACACAGCAGUGGCUCUUUAAGUCCAUUCGCGAAGAAUCAAAUCAAAAAAGAAUCUAAAUUUGAUCAAAAUAUCGCCAUGAGUUUCUCUGACCAUAUUCCAUCCUUUAUGAUGUCACCGCCGUCAUUUUCAACAGACACAGAUGCAAUUGAAGUGAGGCUUCAAUUCCCAAUGAACCACGAAGCAAUGGAGCCACAUUCACCACAGGAUCAACCCCCUUCCUUCAAGAGGGCAAGGACCUGUGAUAACAGCCACUCCAAUGCAAUGCCAUACCCUCCAAGAAUGGUUCAGCACCCCACAGUUAACAAAGGAACCAGCCACAUUUUCUUCAAGACCCGCAUUUGUGCAAAGUUCAGACUUGGUGCGUGUAGAAACGGCGAGAAUUGCAACUUUGCACAUGGGGUUGAGGACAUGAGGCAGCCGCCGCCAAAUUGGCAAGACCUCGUUGGAUUGCGCAACGAAGAACGGCAACAACCACCGCCGAAUUGGGAUGAUGAUGAAAAAAUCAUACAUAAGAUGAAGCUGUGCAAGAAGUAUUACAAUGGGGAGGAAUGCCCCUAUGGUGAUAAGUGUAGUUUUCUUCAUGAAGACCCUGCCAAGUUCAGGGAUGAUUCAGGGAGGUUCAGGGAGAGCAUAGCUAUAAGCAUUGGAACUAAUGGAUCCCCCAAGUCCUAUGGUGAUGCCUCUAGUGUUUUAGAAAGCAAUAGGGCUGUCAACAUUGGCUUGAACUCCAAUGUUUCCCGGGGGAAUGUUAAGUCUACUUAUUGGAAGACUAAACUGUGUAUCAAGUUUGAGACAACUGGCCACUGCCCCUUUGGUGAUGACUGUCACUUUGCUCAUGGCCAAGCAGAGUUACAUGUUCCCGGCGGUGGACGAAGUGAUGCAGAAACUGCAGGUGCCAGUACAAUUUCAACCAAACCUAUCAUUCCGACCAUACCAAGAGCUACAUCAGUUUCUUCUAAUGAUGCACCUUCUAGCCACCGAGCAAGUGUUCCUCCAGAAAAUGAAGAGGAGCAGGGUAAGAAGCAUUUACUCAAGUGGAAAGGACCCAAGAAGAUCAAUCGAAUUUAUGGUGAUUGGCUUGACGAUUUACCCCUUGUUGCCAGCUAGAGUGGGGACCUGAGUUCAAGUCUGUUCUCUUGAAAAAGAAACUGGAGAUUGGAUUCUCCCCUGCAGACAGAAUUUUGAAAAAAGUGGUCACUGGUUGGUGUGAUCAGUUCAUAGAUUUAUUUGUUCUUAUUCUUUGUCUUAAUUGUUAUAGUUUUCUUCUUCUUUUUUUAAUUAUUUAUUAGAGAUGUGCAAUUUUCCGUGUACAUCGGAAUUUUGAUGGAUUUAAGAUUUAAGCCACAUUGGUGACAAAAAACCAAAUUCUGAAUGGUGUGGGAUCUUGAUUUGGGUUCAACAAUUGUUAAAAUUUCUGGACCCGAAUCCAGGUCUUAAAUAGGUUAAACUAUAUUAUUCUAUUUCUACUCA